AUGUCACGCCGUCAGAUCCCUCCGGCGCUGCGCGCCGCCCACCCCCCCUGCACGCCCGACUCUCUGCUGGAACCGACGACGGGCCGCCGUUUUAGGUCGCAGAUCGCCUGCAUGGACUUCUCUAACAACGACAUCCCACCGGACGCGCAGCCGUCAUCACCGCCGGGUGCGGCUGUCAACACAAGACCCCAAGCACCCGCUCCGGGUUUGGUCGGUCUAGCGCCGUCUGAUGUGUCGGUCGCCGACCCGAUCACGCAACAGGAUCAGCCGGCAUCCCCCCUUGUCCCGGCCUCAGCUCCGGCCGACCGGAACGACGCCGCGGCAGCCGGCCUCUACCAGUGCCCACACUGCCAGCGACGGUACUCUCGCCCUGCGUAUCUCGCACGACACAUCCGGACCUACACUUCCAGCAAGCGCUGUGCAUGCCCUAUAUGUUCCAAGGCGUUUGCCAGAACCGAUCUGCUGAAGCGCCACGUUGCCAGGCACGCAGGCGGCGGCCAAAACCACGCUAGCAAGCGAAAACACGGCAGCAAGCGAAACCACCACGCGGGACCUUCACCCGGCCCUCGUCGUGUGUCUUACGCUUGCCGGCAAUGCGCUGCUGCCCGUGUCAAGUGCGACGAGGUCAAACCGUGCACCCGCUGUUGUAGCCGCAACAUCGAUUGUGAACCCUCCUCGAGCCGUCAUUCUUCCACAGCCGCCAUGCACCUGCCCCUCCCCGGGAAGAUCGCUAACGCCAGCGGCAGCGAGACGAAACCGUCCAUCGGCUGUUCGACGGUACCUUCGCCCCUCCAUACCCACAACAACAACUCCUCUUACGCCGCGCAUCAGGAGCUUGCCCCACCGCAGCAGCCCGCGUGUCUGCCAACGGCCGCAAGUGGCCUGGAGACUCUACGAGAGCGCGCCGAGGCCGAGAACGGGCGCCCAGCGACGUUAACAACAUGGCGCGCGGGAUUAGUACCGGAUCCCGCGCACGUCAUCCACGAGAUAAGCGCGUACAGGUGGUUUGCCACCACAAGCCCCAUCUCCACCACCACGGGAAGAGGCGUCUAUGAGCCGGAAACGGGCUCUGUGACGGGACCAGAGCCAGGAAGUCAGCCUGUGUUGGAUUUUUACGCCGGCUCAAGCUUGGGGCUGUACGUGGUGAGCUCCGGGCCAUUCGAGCCGUUCGAGCCAUUCGCGCCACUCGAGCCACCCGGGCCAAUUGAGCCAUUCGAGCUAUUCAAGCAACCAAGCCUGGGCGGUACGAACACGGCCGACAGCCGACGUUGGCCUUGGCCUGCGGACAACGCCGUCGAGACGAUCCAGCACGCAACGGGUAGUCGUCGAGGCCCAUGA